ACGUGAGGACACUGAUAGCGGUGCGGCAACAUUUCUGCUUCUAGUCUACAUGAGUGGUGUGUGUAGCAAAUUGCACGGACUGAUUACAUCCCAGGUUAUUGGUGUGGUGGAGUCGAUGAGAACAGACAUGAUUCUGCUUUCUGUUUAACAUGGCAUUAUACAAGGAUUUCUUGCUCCUGGAACUCCUGAUCUUCAUUGGUCUAUUUUGUUACUUCUCACCAGUUGAGUGUUCUUCUAAUGAUGUGACCUACGUAUCAGAAUUCUACUCGCAGAGUGCACAGCCUCUUUCAUUCUAUAACUGGUAUGGAAAUGUUAGAUUAUUUCACUUUCAAGUGCCUAUGGAUACAGUUUUGCUUAGGUGGCUUUUGCAAGUAUCUCGUGGGAAAGCACCAGAAUGUGCAAAUGUUGAAAUUACAGUGUAUUUCCGUUAUGGAGCUCCUCCAGUGAUUAAUCCUCUUGACUAUAACUUUGCACCUAAUACUAGUGUUCACCCAUCUUUUAACAAGACAAUAAAGAUAACAAAUUCCUUACAAAAUAUCACACUUUUUAAUAUAACCAAUCCAACACCUGGAGACUGGUUUAUUGCUGCUCAUCUGCCAAAGGCAACUGAAAAAAUUGAAAUUCAGGGUUUCACCCGUUCAUGCACUUAUAUUUUACAACCGGACUUGUUUAUUCUCAGAGAGGUUGAGAUUCCAAUCUUGAAAAUGGACUCGCCCACUUUGCACACUAUAACAAAUAAUAAAAAUCAUGCAAAUUUCAAGGUUUUUAUCCCUGAAUAUACCUUUAAUUUGAAACUUCAGGUGCAGUGUACUAACAGCACGGAGCUAAUGUGUCCACUGCAGGUGACUGUGGGAUCUUUCAGCCUGCCCCAAUCUUUCCAACAGACGAUAAAUUGCAGCGAAAGGACAGAAUGUAAGUUGCAUUUAUUUUCCCCACCAUGGGAUAAAUGGUUGAGAGUGAUUGUGGAAUUUCCCAGUUGGAUAAACAUUACCAAAUCCUUUGAAGUAAUGUACACUCUUUCAGUCUGCAAACCAGGCACUGUUGGAUCAAGGUCAUUUUUUACUUUCCUUAAUAUGCAAAAUUCAACCACUAAUUAUACAGCAGUGAGAAACAGCAAACUAUUUGACACAAACCUAACUACUACACCAGGGACACAAACAAAUGGAAGCAAUGACUCAUGUUUGCGAAAAUAUCCUGUAAUUCGUGAGUACCUGGAUGUUUUUUCAAUCAGAUUUUUAUCCGUUAACGGACCAGCUGUGCUGGUUUCAGCAGGACUGCCGACAAUAAUGCUGUUUAAUCUCAAUUCCAAUAUGGAGAGUGGUGGAAUGUUGGUGGUGUCUUUGCAGUUGAAUAAGACAUCAUUGAACAAUGUUAAUGCCACAGUGAUUGCUUGUUUAAGUGCUGCUUCCCCUGUUCUUACACUGAAUACUACAAACAGUUGUUCAACAGCUUUUUUUCAGGGCUAUCCUUUAAUAAUGAAUAGCAGUGUAACGCACUCCACUCAAAAUAUUCCGUAUCCAGAAAUUGACAAUUGGUACCUAUCAUUGCAGCUUCUUUGCCCAGAAUAUGCUAGUGAUUGCCAAGCAAUAACUCCUAGAGUGACUGUGUCUACAUACCUGAGCCCUUGCCUUGAUGACUGUGGAACUUAUGGGGAGUGCAGGUUACUCCGGAGGAAUGGUUACCUAUAUGCUGCCUGUAGCUGCAAGUCUGGCUGGGCCGGUUGGAGUUGCACAGAUGCCAGGGAAGCAUAUUCUUUUGGCCAUCAGUUAAUGGCUACUUUACUACUAACUCUCAGCAACUUUAUGUUUCUGCCAACAAUUAUUGUUUCUGUUUACCGGUUUUAUUUUGUGGAAGCGGCUGUUUAUACUUUCACUAUGUUUUUCUCUACAUUCUAUCAUGCAUGUGACCAGCCCGGAGUGGCAGUAAUGUGCAUCAUGGAUUAUGAUACUUUGCAGUACUGUGAUUUCUUGGGCUCAGUUGUUUCCAUUUGGGUAACUAUACUCUGCAUGUCAAGACUAAGAAAAUAUCUUAAAUAUGUACUGUUUAUUUUGGGUACACUAUUUAUUGCAAUGUCCAUGCAGCUAGACCGAAGAGGACUUUGGAAUAUGAUGGGUCCUUGCCUUUUUGCACUUAUUAUUCUGGUUAUUGCGUGGACUUAUCGAGGAGUGAAGCGUCACAGCUGCUAUCCACCCAACUGGAAACGCUGGGUUUUCUUUCUAAUUCCAGGAAUUUCAUUAGCUGUAAUUGCUAUUUCUGUCUAUGUUUUUACAGAAACCAACCAAAAUUAUUUUUAUACCCACAGUCUUUGGCACAUUAUGGUUGCUGGUAGUGUUGCUUUUUUACUUCCUCCCCGUGAAAAAAAUAAGAAACCCUGGACUUGUACAAACAUUCUGAACUGUAAAUACAAAAUGUGUGAAGAGGAUCGUAAAGAAUUGUAUUCAGUUACACAAUAAUUCUAACUGGCCUGCAUUAUUUAGUUUUAAAAUGACAUUAUGCACACAUACAAUGACUGCUAAGCAGUGUUUUCCACAGAAAAUUUUGCCAGCUGGGUGGCAUUAUGAAGUAGCUGGGUGGGGGCAGUGUAAUAUUUUCUAAUAUUAUAUCAUUGUCUGCUAUCUGAAGCACAAAUGAAUUGCAUAAUUUAACAUAAAUGUAUUUCAUGAUAAUUUGUGCAAUAAAAAUUAUUUGUAAUAUUAGCACAUUUUAGCUUAAUUUUGGCUAAACAUUUAGCCCGGGUGGUCAGUAAAAUCGGCUGGGUGGUGCACCCACUAAAAAGAUCCUGGGGAAAACACUGCUACGUAACAAGUUAUGGGCACAGGCUUAUAGGGACACCUCUAACCGCUAUAUGGGUGGAGAGGACCAAGUCUGAAUAUACAAAGUGUGUUUGCGCAACAUGAAAACCUAAAAAAAAAAAGUGUACAUUGUUCCUUACAUUUUCAUGUGGCAGAAUACGAUGGUAAUGUAAGACCUUAGCUUAUUUAAGCAAAUUCUUGAUUUUCUUUGUGAAAAAAACUAGACGGCUUCUAUUAAAUAACAGCGUUACACCCAACCAAAAUGUUAUUUGUGUGUAAAAUUGUUACCCAAGUGUUUGGAAAGCCAUACUUUUUAUAAUUUACCUGAUUAUUCUUGCUGCAAAAGUGAGAUUCUUCUGAAAUGGAAUGACUGCAAUGAAUGCAUUUUAUAUGUAGCAUCUGCAAUGCUAAUGCUUGCUGUAGUAUGAGGAAGGCCUUGUCAACCUCCGUACUACAGACCUAACCAAAGAUUUAGGGUUUUUUCACACCUCACAGGAGCUCUAAAGUCUUUUGGACUAUUCCAAUUUGGAACAUCCCGUGAUUUUGUGAAUUACACAAGAUACAGUACUUUGUCAUACUUCCCAAAUUACUUACUCUUAUGGCCAUGUGCCGAAAUGGCCACUAACUGUAUUGCACAUGUUAUGAGUGCUUCAUUCUUUAAUUUGCUUUAGUGUGCCUAGUUAUUUAUUUGAUUAAAGGGACAGUCUAGGCCAAAAUAAACUUUCAUGAUUCAGAUAGGGCAUGUCAUUUUAAACAAUUUUCCAUUUUACUUUUAUCACCAAUUUUGCUUUGUUCUCUUGGUAUUCUUAGUUGAAAGCUUAACCUAGGAGGUUCAUAUGCUAAUUUCUUAGACCUUGAAGGCCACCUCCUUUUCAGAAUGCAUUUUAACAGUUUUUACCACUAGAGGGUGUUAGUUCAUGUAUUUCAUAUAGAUAACACUGCUCGUGCACGAGAAUUUAUGUGGGAGCAGGCACUGAUUGGCUAAACUGCAAGUCUGUCAAAAGAACUGAAAUAAAGGGGCAGUUUGCAGAGGCUUAGAUACAAGAUAAUUACAGAGGUUAAAAGUAUAUUAAUAAAAUUGUGUUGGUUAUGCAAAACUGGGGAAUGGGUAAUAAAGGGAUUAUCUAUCUUUUUAAAACAAUUAAAAAUCUGGUGUAGACUGUCCCUUUAACCCUCUGCAAAGGGUAUUGCUUAUUUAGGUUCACAACAAAUUCCAGCAUUUCAUUUAUACAGUAAAAUGUUCCAGCCAUUAUUUUAGGUUUAGAUUUGAUAAUGUUUGGUAGUGCUGUAUGUUUUUCUAUAUUUAAUGCUUUCUCUUUAGAAAUCUUUACCUUUUUGUGCCUUAAGUAAUAGAAUAUGUAGCAGCACGCCUUAAUCUUUAUUGCCUUGUUUGGUUCUUUCAAAUGUUUUUGGUCUAGUAAUCUUUGGCCAGAAUCUAGUUAUACUAUAUUAGUUACAUGAAUGUACGGCUGUUUUCUAGAGCCUCGCAAUCUCAGUGAACACUCUUGUCUGGUAUCUAUACUUUGCAGUUACAUUUUCUGACCUUAUGUAGGCAGAGGCCUGUUAAGGUUGGGUUUCCUGCUCCAUUGAAAACAAUUGGGUACAAAGCUUUACACACAGUUUUCUUUGAAGUGAUUUUGAUGUUGGACCCUGUAUGCAAAGUUUUGUAUCAAUACAUUGAUUUUAAAAUGUGCUUAUAGACUUUAUAAAUAAUUCCAGAAAUUAAGACAUUUCUUCAAGUUAUGCCAGGUUGGGUGUUGCAAUACUGAAAACAAAAAGAGAGAGGCCUCCACAUAUAAUAAAGUUCUGAAAACACGGAAGUGUCAGUGCUUUGUCAGAUAACUUUACUGGAAAAAAAAAACACAUUUCAAGAGCAUACAAGCCCAAUAUGAUUCACACAUUGACUUAAAAAGUCCCACACUAUUUCAGAAAUCAAGAAUUUGGAAGGGUCAGUCUUGUUUUAUUGUGUUUAAUACUUUUUAAAAAUAUGCAAAAUGUCUGGCACAUUAAAUUAUCCCCAUAAUUCUUUUAACAAGAUGACUGUAUGUUCAGAUGGGUUUUUUUUUUAUUUUUGGUUUUUACUAUUUCUUUAGUAGAUUGUGCUACUGUUUACUGUGACUGUAUAUUUGUUAAUUACGAUGUUUCAUCUAAGCUUUAAACAUGCCACUUCUUUAGAUGAUUUAUGUCAGGACUCGACAACCCAGGAGCUUGAGAGCCACUGGCUUCUAACUUUUUUUGGGUUAUUCUCCAUAUAUCUAUAUACAAAUACCACUGUCUGGGGCCUAAAAGUAUGUUUGAUUCCUAUAUAUUCUUACUGGCUCUUAUGUUUAACAGAUUUGCUGACCUCUGAUUUAUGGCUAAAGAAAAUAAAUAUGAGGUUGUGAAAGCCACUGCACUAAAACAUUUUUAGUAAUGAGCCAAUGUAUUCAUAAACAAUGUAUUACAAUCUACUAAUUGUGUUCCCUCUAGGCUUUGUUUAGCAAUAGUUUGUUUCUUGAUUAUAUUAUUUUUUAAUAUUGAAAUUUAAAGUGAAGGUAAACUUUGAUGAAUGAAAGCCCGUUUAUUAAAAACAGGGGCACUUUCAUUCAUCAAAGUUUACAAAGCAGCCGUUUUGAUUAAAACGUACCUUUUUUAUUUUUUUUUUAUUUUUUUUUAUUUUUUUUCACAACCAGAGCAGCUUCCCCCUCCUGGAAAUCCUCUCUUCACACUUUGGCAAUGGCCAAUCCGGCUUCUUCCAAUCCCUGCUUUCCCCCCAGGGUAGUCAUUGCCUGAGGCUGUGAUUGGAGGAAGCCGGUUGGUAGAGGGGACCCACCUCUACCACUCUGAAAAGAAAAUGUUGAUUUAUUUAGGAAAGAAACAAUAAAAUUUAAACAAAAAUGUAAUACAUUAUAAACUGCUCUAUUGAUUUAACAAGGAUAAAUUACUGCAAUGUCCCUUUAAUUGCAAUUUUCAAUGCUUCUUGAUUUGUCUUUUAUUUAUAGGAAGAAACAAAAUUAUAUAUUACACAGUGUGGGUAGUGACAGGAAAAUAAUUGUCUACCUUUUAGUUCAAACAAAGCCUUUGAUUGCGCUUGUAUAACUGCUGAGAAUGAUUUUACAGUAUGAUUAUAGCAUUUUAAGUGGCUUUUCUAAAUGGUAAUUUCAUAAUUAAUAAAUUAACUGUUGAAGACUAAAAACCUUAAAGAACAAAAAAAUAUAUCAAUUUGAUGGAUAAUAAAUCUGGAUGCACCCUUUCACUUUUUCCCGCUACAUUAGUAACAGUGAAAUUACACUAUAUUCCAAUUGGACUGUGGUUGUAGUGGUAUCUUUUUAUACAUUUCUUGCUCAAUUAUUUAAAUUAUCUAAGAUUUUAAAUUAAUAAAUAUUUUUUUCCAUGUUGUA